AUGUGCUGCCGCCUCUUCCUCUUCGUGCUCGCCUUAGCCUUCGUGGCCUUCGGCUAUGGCACCCAGGGCAGCACAAGGCUAGAGUCUGCGCGGAAACCUAACUUUGUCUUCAUCAUGACCGAUGACCAAGAUCUACACCUCAAUUCCAUGCAAUACAUGCCAAAUGUUAUGGACCUGAUUGCAAAAGAAGGGACUACGUACCAAAACCACUUCUGCACGGUCUCCCAAUGCUGCCCCUCGAGAGUCUCAUUGUUGACUGGCAAACUUGCUCAUAACACUAAUGUCACGGAUAUUGUCCCUCCCUAUGGUGGCUAUCCCAAGUUCGUCCAACAAGGCCUCAACAACGACUACCUUCCGGUAUGGCUGCAGCAGGCGGGAUACAACACUUACUACACGGGCAAACUAAUGAAUGCCCAUUCUACUUCGAACUGGAAUAAUCCAUUCCCUGCAGGGUGGAACGGCACGGCUUUCUUGAUCGAUCCGGGGACUUACAACUACUACAACGCCACAUUCCAGACCAACAAAGACCCUCCCGUGAGCGCUCCCGGUCAAUACAACACAGAUCAAGUGGCCCAAAAUGCUCUGAAUAUGCUUGACCAAGCUCAAGCUGCAGGAGAGCCCUUCUUCCUUGGUGUCGCCCCAAUCGCACCACAUUGUCAGACCAUCUUCAAUCCGACGACGGCCAUUCCGGGCUUUCUUCCACCCAUCCCGGCGCCUCGUCACGAGAAUUUAUUCCCCGGUGUCAAAAUUCCACGGGGUCCUAACUUCAAUCCCGAUAUACCCAGCGGAGCAAGCUGGAUCACGCACUUACCCCAACUCAACAGCACUGAAAUCGACUAUUUUGAUAACUUUUAUCGCUUACGCCUGCAAGUGUUGCAAGCUGUCGAUGAGAUGAUUCCGCCCAUCAUUGACCGCCUGACAAAGUACGGUCUACUUGACAAUACCUACGUUAUAUAUACCUCUGACAAUGGCUAUCACAUGGGCAAUCACCGCAUGCAGCCAGGAAAAUAUUGCGCUUACGAGGAGGACAUCAACAUUCCAUUUUAUAUUCGCGGACCGAGUGUACCCAGAGGUAAAACUGUUAAUCUUGUGACAACUCAUACAGACAUUGCUCCCACACUGUUUCAGUUGGCUGGAAUCCCACUACGAAGCGAUUUCGAUGGCUUGCCCAUGCCGGUUACCGACAAUGCCCAAAAAAUUCGCCGCAAUGUUCCUACCCUCGAUCAUACAAUGGUCGAGUAUUGGGGAACAGGUGGGUUUGAAGGAGCCUUUGGAUUGCAGGGCGUCAACGGAAGCUUCACUCAGUUUCCCAAUAAUACCUACAAAUCGAUGCGCGUUAUAACCGAUGAGUAUAACCUGCAAUAUACAGUCUGGUGCACAAACGAACACGAGUUGUACGACAUGACGCGUGAUCCCUCGCAAAUGAACAAUCUGCUGGGACCCAACGAAUUAGUCAAAGCUACUCUCCUGGACAGCCCUUUAAAUCGAUCCCUUUCCCAAGUCCACCCUCGUCUCGAUGCCCUCCUCAUGGUCCUCAAGUCCUGCAAAGGGAUUGAAUGCACCCACCCAUGGAAGAUUCUUCACCCUGACGACAACGUCAAUAACUUGGUUGAUGCCUUGAACACCGAGUAUGAUGAAUUCUACGCGGGUCAACCCAAAGUGGGAUUUGAGAAAUGUUCCUUAGGAUAUCUGAUUCAAAGCGAAGGGCCGCAGACUCCCAAUUACUACGGGGCAAACAUGGCCGCGUGGACUUGA